ACGACACUGCUGCAUUAAUGCUUUUUCCACUUUUUAUCUCUCUCUUCACCUUGUGACUCUGUGGGGUCUCUUCUCUCCCGUCUUGUCCAAUUCCAACUCACUCUCUCUCUCACAGUGUCCUGUCUUCACUCUACGACCCUGCGGGUAUAUUUUCUCUCUCUCUCUCUAGGAUAAUGGCAACGAUGCUUCUCGCUUUUCCCUUCUUUCUCCUCCUCGUUUCUAUAACCCAAAAUUGUUCUCUUUCACGGACCCUGAUAUUAUGCCUCGGAGAACUAGAAGCGAGCUGCUAGGGAGUUAGGGAGCAAGUGUGACCAUUCCCACAUCAUCAUCAUCUUCUUCUUCUGUUUUGACCAUCUGGGUCGGCUUCAGUUUUUGUAUUGUGUUUAGAACCAAGGUUGGGAACUAUAUGGUGCCAUGUUGCUGCAGAAAAUAGUGAUUUUUUUUCGUCUGGUUUGAAGUUUGUAGGAUGAUACAUGAUGAAGAGUUCAAAUCUCAAGAAAUGUUCUGUUGGAUUUGCUCUUGGAAAUGAAGGAGAGGCAACGUUGGACAUCUGAGGAGGAUGCUCUAUUAUGUGCUUAUGUCAAACAGUAUGGUCCUAGAGAAUGGCAUCUCGUGUCUCAGCGCAUGAACACGACUCUUCACAGGGAUGCAAAGUCGUGUUUAGAAAGGUGGAAGAACUACCUGAAGCCCGGAAUCAAGAAAGGAUCUCUCACGGAGGAAGAGCAGCGCCUUGUCAUCCGCCUUCAAGCAAAACACGGCAAUAAGUGGAAGAAAAUUGCUGCAGAAGUCCCAGGUCGAACCGCUAAGAGGCUAGGCAAGUGGUGGGAAGUUUUCAAAGAGAAACAGCAGAGAGAAAAACAGGAGAUUAGCAAGUCAAUCGGCCCGGUUGAUGACAGCAAAUACGAUCACAUUCUCGAGACUUUCGCGGAGAAGCUAGUGAAAGAGCAUCCUUCACCAUCAUAUCUCAUGGCUGCUUCUAAUGGACCCUUUCUCCACACUGACACACCUGCUGCCACCCCUGCAUCAGCUUUGCUCCCUCCUUGGCUUUCAAAUUCGAGCAACAAUCCAGCCACAGCUGGGCAGCCACCUUCCCCUUCCGUGACAUUAAGCCUCUCCCCCUCGACAGUGGCAGGACCACCACCUCCAUGGAGAGGACUGGAGAAUAAUGCUCUUGCUAUGGCGAACACAGCGCCCCACGGAACUGUUCCUGCUUUCAGCGAUAACAUGCUGGUAUCUGAGUUAGUGGACUGCUGUAAGGAGUUGGAAGAAGUGCACGGCGCGUUGGCCGCACAUAAGAAGGAGGCGACCUGGAGGCUGAGAAGGGUGGAGCUGCAGUUGGAGUCAGAGAAGGCGAAUAGAAGGAGGGAGAAGAUUGAAGAAACGGAAGCUAAGAUUAAAGCUCUCAGGGAACAACAGAAUGCUGCUUUGGAAAGAAUUGAAGCAGAGUAUAGAGAACAGUUAGCUGGAUUGAGGAGAGAUGCAGAAACCAAAGAACAAAAGCUGGCUGAGCAAUGGACUGUAAAGCACUCGCGCCUUAUGAAGUUUAUGGAGCAGAUAGGAUGCAGAUCCCGGAUUGCAGAGACUAAUGGAAGAUGAAGACAUCACUCAGAAUCGAUAUCUGGUUGGGGUGCUGUUCUGGCUUGAAUCAUAUAUGCAGUCACUCACAUAUUAAGUUUUGAUCUUGUGCCUAACCUCCAGUUUUACAAAUGUCUGUUAUUGCAACUUGAGGAAUUUGUAUUAGAAUUAGUUGAUGAGUUGCAUCCAUCUUUAUGAAUAUGAACUGAGUUAUAAGUUUAUGUAGCUUAUUUCUGUCUUAUGUUCCAUUUCCAUUGGGAUCUCGAAUGACAUUUGUACAAACUGCAAAGGGAUGUUGUUAGCCCGGACUUUUAGUUUGGAAGUGUUCUUAUGAUUAAAAUAAAGGUCCAUUCAUAUUGCA